AUGACGCUCGAACUUCUGCCCAAUGAAAUGCUAUUUUUUCAAGGCCCUUUCGAUGUAGUAUCAACAGCAAUACUUCAAUUGAACAAUAUUGGUCAUCAACGCAUUGCCUUUAGCAUCAAGACAACAGCACCUAAACGUUAUUGCGUUAAGCCGAAUCGUGAUUUUAUUGAACCUUAUGGAACUACAAGUAUACAAAUAAUGUUCCAACCAAUGCCAGCUGGUCAACAAUCGGAAGAUAGAAGCAAGCAUAAGUUUAUGGUGCAAUGGACGAUCGCUCCGAACGAUUAUAAAAAUGAUAUUCAAGAUUUUUGGAAACAAAGUUCAUCAGAACUCAAAGAUGUAAAUGACUCAAAGCUGCAAUGUGCUUUUAUUAACGAACCAACGAUGCUGUUAAGCUUGAAAGAAUCAGUCCUGGAUGUAAUUAGACGAGCAGAGGCUACAGCUGAAAGAAACAAUGAGUUAAUUCGUCAAAUUAAUGAGAUGACUGGUGAAAUUACUGUUAUGACUUAUGCUCUUAGACGACAAGAUAAUGGAAGCUAUUCAGUAGAAGAAAAUAUACGAGUUAGUAUUGAAGCACAAAUGAUUGUUUCCGAAUGGCAAGAUAUUAUCCAGCUUAUUAAUAUUGAGGAUUCCUUCAAUGAUGAAAUUAACUACAGCUGUAAUGAUUAUCAAGACAUGAUAUUCUUAAAUAGCGAUAUGCUAUUAGUUAUAAAAAAAUACGAAUCACUUGGUGAUGAAGAUCGACUUUUGAAGAUAGUCAAUAAAUUCGCCGAAAAUUUCUGUCGUAUUGAACGAGCUCUUCAAAAACUUCUUCUGCAUCUUUGCACCAGUGAUCAAUCUCGUUUGGAUGAGAUUACUCAACGGGUGGAUCGGAUCAAUAACGAAAUAAAAGACCUACGAGAUAAAUACAAGUAUUUGAGUUUUGUAUAA